AUGGCACGAUUUCCUCAAAAGCUGGUGAUGAAAGUCCAGAUGAAUGGCCCGAAGGGCCGAUCCAAAGCCAUGAAGGUUGUAGUUGGUGUACCAGGGGUGAUAUCAGCUUCAUUAGAAGGAGAAGACAUGAAUCAGAUUGUCGUUAUUGGCAACGAAGUCGAUUCUUUCGUUUUGAUAAAGUUGCUUAGAAAGAAGAUUGGUUUCGCGGAGCUUGUUAGUCUUGGGCCGGUUGAAGAGAAGGAAACAAAGUCCAAGGAAACAAAGCCAGAGUCGGGCAGUGAACUAAUGGCUCAACCGUCAAUCUGGGCUUACCCAUCAAGUGCACCACCCCUUUAUCCAUACGAGGCCGGCAGCAGUCGUGCAUGA